AUGUCCAGUGGGGGAAGGUUUAAUUUUGACGAUGGAGGGUCGUACUGUGGAGGCUGGGAGGACGGAAAGGCUCAUGGCCAUGGAAUCUGUACCGGCCCGAAGGGUCAAGGUGAAUAUUCGGGCUCCUGGAGUCACGGCUUUGAGGUGCUGGGGGUCUACACUUGGCCCAGUGGCAACACUUACCAGGGCACCUGGGCGCAGGGCAAGCGCCAUGGCAUUGGCAUGGAGAGCAAAGGGAAGUGGGUGUACAAAGGAGAGUGGACCCAUGGAUUUAAGGGACGGUACGGGGUCCGGGAAUGCACUGGAAACGGGGCCAAGUACGAAGGCACCUGGAGCAAUGGAUUACAGGAUGGCUACGGGACAGAGACCUACUCGGAUGGAGGGACAUACCAGGGCCAGUGGGUCGGAGGGAUGCGCCAGGGUUACGGCGUCCGGCAGAGCGUUCCCUACGGCAUGGCUGCGGUCAUCAGGUCACCCCUGAGGACGUCCAUCAACUCCCUGCGCAGCGAGCACACCAACGGCACGGCGCUGCACCCCGACGCCUCGCCCGCCGUGGCCGGCAGCCCGGCCGUGUCCCGCGGCGGCUUCGUCCUCAUGGCCCACAGCGACGCCGAGAUCCUCAAGAGCAAGAAGAAGGGCAUCUUCCGGCGCUCGCUGCUGAGCGGGCUCAAGCUCCGCAAGUCCGAGUCCAAGAGCUCCUUGGCCAGCCAGCGGAGCAAGCAGAGCUCGUUCCGGAGCGAGGCCGGCAUGAGCACGGUCAGCUCCACCGCCAGCGACAUCAACUCCACCAUCAGCCUGGGCGAGGGCGAGGCCGAGCUCUCGGUCAUCGAAGACGACAUCGACGCCACCACCACCGAGAUCUACGUGGGCGAGUGGAAGAACGACAAGCGCUCGGGCUCGGGCGUGAGCCAGCGCUCGGACGGGCUCAAGUACGAGGGCGAGUGGGCCAACAACAAGCGCCACGGCUACGGCUGCAUGACCUUCCCCGACGGCACCAAGGAGGAGGGCAAGUACAAGCAGAACAUCCUGGUCAGCGGCAAGAGGAAGAACCUCAUCCCGCUGCGCGCCAGCAAGAUCCGGGAGAAGGUGGAUCGGGCCGUGGAGGCGGCCGAGAGGGCGGCCACCAUCGCCAAGCAGAAAGCGGAGAUCGCGGCGUCCAGGACCUCUCACUCCAGGGCCAAGGCGGAGGCGGCCGUGACGGCGGCACAGAAAGCUCAGGAGGAAGCGCGGAUCGCCAGGAUCACUGCCAAAGAGUUCUCGCCUUCCUUCCAGCACAGGGAGAACGGGCUGGAAUGCCAGCGGCCGAAGCGGCAGAACUCGAGCGAUGACAUCGAGGUCCUCUCCACCGGGACACCCCUGCAGCAAGAGAGCCCCGAGCUGUACCGCAAAGGGACCACCCCGUCCGACCUGACCCCCGACGACAGCCCGCUGCAGAGCUUCCCUGCCAGCCCCUGCUCCACGCCGCCCCUCGGCCCCUCCUGCAGGAACAAGAGCGCCCACUUCUCCAGGCAGGUCUCGGUGGACGAAGAGAGGGGUGGUGAGAUCCAGAUGUUGCUGGAGGGGCGCGGCGGGGAUUACCUGCGCCCCAACAGCUGGAGCGAAGAGAAGGGGGGCGGGAGCCGCGCUGCCAGGAGCGGGACGAUGCGCAGCGGGCAGCUGGGCUCCACCGCCGUCCCCGAAGACUACAGAGGGCGGAGCGGGGGACACAAACAUUCGGCCUCCAACCACAAGCCGAGAGAGAGGUGGACAGAUUCCCCAGCCACGGUUUCAUGGACUUCCCACCACAGGUCCCACAACCACAGCUCAGGGAGCUCCAAGCUGCUUGAGCUGGACGAGGAGAAGAUGAGCAAUUACGAGAUGGAGAUGAAGCCCCUCAUGAGGAUGGAUUCUUAUAUGCAAGAGAUUCACACCCAAAAAAGACACUACAGCAAAGGGGGAGGCUGCAGGAGCGUGGCUGACGAGCACCGCGGGGAAGAGCGGGGCUUUGGGGUUCAGAGACUGAGGUCUAAGUCCCAGAACAAAGAGAAUUUCAGGCCAGCUUCCUCUGCCGAGCCCACGGUGCAGAAACUGGAAAACCUGAGAUUCGGGGACAAAGCUGAACCUCGGCUACUGAGGUGGGACUUAACCUUCUCCCCGCCACAGAAAUCUUUACCUGUUGCACUAGAAUCUGAAGAGGACAGUGGGGAUGCGCUCAAAUCCAGUACGGGUUCAGCUCCCAUCUUGGUAGUCAUGGUGAUCUUACUAAAUAUUGGAGUCGCCAUUUUGUUUAUUAACUUUUUCAUCUAAUUCAAGACUGUCUUGUUUGCAAAAAUAACAGUUACAUGUAUGAAUGGGGGAAAAAAAAAACAAACAAAAAACCAACAAAACAAAACAAAAACAACAAAAAAAAACCAGAACCAAACAACAACAACAAAAAACAAACAAAGGGAAAAAAAAAGAAAUCAUAACUCGAACUGUCCUCCGACAAUUUCCAAGUCUUUUCACAGAAGAACAACAAAUGAUCGAGUCUCACUCACAGUUUGCCUUUUUUCCUGGGUAAUGUUUUUUGGAUUUUAGCCAAAAUUCUUUGCUUGUAUAACACUAUGCUGUGUGGCAUGGCAAAAUGCUAUCAACACUCUGCCCCCCCAACACUGGGAAGGAUGAGAAGGAAUCCCAACAAAAGAAAAAAAAACCUCGUUUCCCUUCCCCUCAUCCCCCCCUCUCCAAAAAAAUUGUCUUUGUAACAACAGCAAUGAACCCCAAAAUGGAGACGAGACGAGGGGAGCAUGGGGAGAGUUUGGGUGGAGUGGGGAUGGGUUCUGGGAUGCUCCAGGCUGAGUUUCCCAGGGAAAUCCACAACAGCUUUUAUGAUAAAUGGGAGAGAAAAGCAAAAUCAGGCUUUUCACCCUUUGGAAAUGGAGGAAUGCUGCUGUGAGAAGGAGGAGAGAAGGAGCACAGGGAAGGAAUGAACCCUGUCUGGAUGGGAAAAUGGGACAACAGGCCCCAUUCUGAUCCUUGUUUUUAAAACAAAAAUUGGCUUUUUGCAGAAUUCCUCGGGGCAGGGGGGAAUAGGGAACACAAGGUGUGAGCAGCAGCCCCAGCACCCUCCAGCCUUCACUCCUCCUCCCCAGGCUGCUCCUCACCCGUGGCAAGGCUGGAAAACCACCCAGAGUUACUUUUAAUUCACAGCCAAUUUCUCCUGGCUAAAACUUCCCACCAAAAAACCCCUUUGGAGGCACCUCCAGCAGCACGGAUGGAGAGGCUGACGGUGCUGUGCUGGUGAGGAGCAUCCAGCCCAUCCCAAAAAAUCUGCAGAGGGAGCAGGGUGGGGAGGGACAAGGGGACAGAGGGCUCAAUUCCAAUCCACUGAGGAUGGACAAUAAAACAAAACCUAGCAAAAAUCCAACUGUUUCUCAAAGGCACCUGGGGAGGAGCACCUGGAGCACGUCCCAGAGAGGAGGGAGAGGGUGGUGGGUUUGUCUCUUACAUCUUGCUGUGGACUGUUUCAGACAUCAUGCUUGGGCUCUGAGCAUGUAGUAUUUUGCACUUUGUAAUGCAGGAUGUAUAUUCCAGCUUCCAACAUGUCCCUG